GGUGCCCGUUCACCGGCAAUCCCAGCAUACACCGCGCUUUCAUUAGCAUUAAAUAGUCCGGUAUCUACGAGAGCUGCGCAAGAUACGUUUACUACAAGAAAGUGACAAAUAUAUAAAGAAUAUACUGUGAUAUAAAGAACCAGCGACAAAAUGAGCGACAGCGAGAAACUGGACAAGCAGCGGCUGAAGAACUUCAAGAAUAAAGGGCGCGAUCUGGAGACGAUGAGAAGGCAGCGAACAGAAGUGGUGGUUGAACUCCGAAAGAAUAAAAGAGAUGAGCACCUGCUGAAGAGGAGGAACGUACCGCAUGAAGAUAUCUGUGAUGAUUCAGAUGCUGAUGGAGAUUUCAGAUCACAGAACACCUCUCUUGAAGCCAUAGUGCAGAACGCAACCAGUGAUAACCAGGGCAUUCAGCUGAGUGCUGUACAGGCCGCGCGGAAGCUGCUUUCGAGUGACCGUAACCCUCCGAUAGAUGACCUGAUCAAGUCUGGUAUCCUGCCCAUCCUGGUGCACUGUCUGGACAGAGAUGACAAUCCUUCUCUUCAGUUUGAAGCGGCCUGGGCUUUGACCAACAUCGCUUCAGGCACGUCUGAGCAGACGCAGGCUGUGGUCCAGUCAAAUGCAGUUCCUCUUUUCCUGCGACUGCUGCAGUCCCCUCAUCAGAAUGUAUGUGAACAGGCUGUCUGGGCUUUAGGUAACAUCAUUGGUGAUGGUCCACAGUGCAGAGAUUAUGUCAUCAGUCUGGGAGUGGUCAAACCUCUUCUGUCCUUCAUCAGUCCAUCCAUACCCAUCACCUUCCUCCGCAAUGUCACCUGGGUCAUGGUUAACCUGUGUCGUCACAAGGACCCUCCUCCACCCAUGGAGACCAUUCAGGAGAUUCUUCCUGCGCUGUGUGUAUUGAUUCACCACACUGAUGUCAAUAUUCUGGUAGACACUGUUUGGGCUCUGUCGUACCUGACUGAUGCUGGGAAUGAGCAGAUUCAGAUGGUCAUUGACUCUGGGAUUGUACCGUACCUUGUCCCCUUACUCAGCCACCAGGAGGUUAAAGUUCAGACUGCAGCGUUGCGAGCUGUGGGAAACAUUGUGACAGGAACUGAUGAACAAACUCAGGUUGUGUUGAACUGUGAUGCGCUGGGUCACUUUCCUGCUCUGCUCACACACCCCAAAGAGAAGAUCAAUAAGGAGGCUGUGUGGUUCCUUUCCAACAUCACGGCAGGGAACCAGCAACAGGUCCAGGCGGUUAUUGAUGCUAACCUGGUGCCCAUGAUUAUACAGCUGCUGGAUAAGGGUGAUUUUGGCACUCAGAAAGAGGCAGCAUGGGCCAUCAGUAACCUGACCAUCAGUGGCAGGAAGGAUCAGGUGGCGUACUUGAUCCAGCAGCAGGUGAUUCCUCCCUUCUGUAAUCUGCUGACAGUGAAGGAUGCUCAGGUGGUACAGGUGGUUUUGGAUGGGCUCAGUAAUAUACUUAAGAUGGCUGAUGAUGAAGCAGAGACCAUCGCUAACCUCAUAGAGGAGUGUGGAGGUUUGGAGAAGAUCGAACAGCUACAGAAUCAUGAGAAUGAGGACAUCUACAAACUGGCUUAUGAAAUCAUCGAUCAAUUUUUCUCAUCUGAUGAUAUCGAUGAGGACUCAAACCUGGUUCCCGAGGCCAUCCAAGGGGGAACGUACGGGUUCAAUUCCUCGACCAACGUGCCAGCGGAAGGAUUCCAGUUCUAGAAGGUGACACGAAAUGUGGAGUUUUGUUUGUGGCGCAGCACUCUGUUCAACAUAAAAAAUAAUUACGAGAGAAAGCGAGCGAGAGAGCGUGUGAGGAUAAAUGAGAUCCGUUGUGCUUUGCUGAUGGGAUCCACGGCUGCAUCUAAUCCAAGAGAAAUUGAGCGGAGUUCCUUUGGCUUUCCGAAGGAAGCGCUCCAUAUGACGUUUGAGAUGGCUUUGAGUGGAUGCGAGUGCGAGUGAGUGGGUGACUACUGCGUUUCAAAACACGACCAUCAGACCGAACGCGCUCUGAGAGAGCGACCUUCACUAAAACUAUCUGCCGUGUCUUUUCGACAAACCAAAAUCAAACCAAUGGGAAUAAGGAAGAUAUCACACAUUAGGCAAGAAUAAAGAAGACACGAGAGCACACUUCAGAGGUGGCCCGGAUGUGUGUGUGUGUAUGUAUGCAUGUAUGUAUGUAUGUGUAUGUUUGUAUGCGUGUGUUUGAACGGCCCCUGACCCUGGGGUCCGUUCAUCUUCAGCUCUGGAGACGGAUCCGGCGGACUGCAGACCUCUCCCUGCGCGCCUGCGGUCCCAUCGUGUGCGCAAGUGAAUGGACGUGUAACGGUGUGUGUGCGCUUGACUGACUGUCUGGAGAAAUGCAGGACUGAAUGUAACGCCGCAACAAUGCGGUCGACGACAAAAAAAAUCCAACAGUGCGUAUGGAAGGUGACUUAAUCUGGGAUAAUUCGGUGGGAAAAUAUGAAUUGGCCUGGAAGAGUUCAAUAAUCACCUUCAAUGGAAUGACUUGAUAUUGAUGAUCUAAAGAAGACAAUUACAUUUGAGUUUCCCCUUUCGUUUGUUUGCUAUUGAUGACACUGGAGUUUUGAAGAUCAGUCGAUUGGCCCCGGUGUGCAUUUCUUUACUUUUCUUGUCUUCCCCCUGUUUUGACUUUUUAUUUCCUUUUUAGUUUUUCAGUGCUGGUGUGUAAAUGCAUAUAAUACACGUUGUGCACUGUUGUAACUUUGCACAAUCUUGGGCUGUUGUACAUUUAUGAUAUUCAUGGUCAUUAUCCAAGGUUUUACUUUUCUGUUCUCGGAUCCGUGGGUGGUUUUGAGCCGAUUAUGAGGGGAUGUAUUACACAGAUUUUAUGUGUGACAGAUUUCGGACAUAUCCUUUGCAUGUGCUUAACUACAGCAUAGGUCAUUUUAGUGAGUUUUAGUUUAAGUGUAAGUUUUUUUUUUUUAAGAUAACCUGCUGUGCUGUUUUUGUAAUUUUAUGUCUCCACCCACUUCUGGCCCCUGACGACAAGCAAUUCUUCACCAUUUUGCAAAUAAGUGGUGUAUAAACAUGCCAGCAUUCUCAACCUCUAUGUGUAGUGCUAACCCAGACUAGAUCUUGAUUUGUAGAUGUGUUGAGCUCCAUUAAAGCAGUGAGAUCUAUCUGAAAUUGAAGUCUUUUAGUUUCUCUGCAGACUGUGUGCUGUGCACGGACGGAUAUAGGAAUGAAUGCUUGUUUCCCAACACUGGUUUACAAUCCUCAGUUUCUUUAAUUGGCCGUCUUUUUGUUUGCAUAAACUCUUGAUGGCUAUAUUCGGUUUGAUUUACACCCCCACAGCAUUCCUUGUUUGCAAAUACGUAGUUUCAAAGAAGACAAAAUAGAUGGUAUACAUCUCCUGUUGGACAUAGACUACAGGUUCUGUACCUAUUCAAAUAAAUAUUCAAACGUGUCCAUUUCA